CCGUCAAAUUCUUUUUCGUACCUCGACCGUGCAUCGGAAAGGUAAUGGUGGUGUCCAGCGGAUCGUAAUCCUCGAACAUCCUGCGGUAUAUUUUGCAUGAACCGUUGCUUCCGGUGAAACCUUGUUCCGCUGGUUUUCUUCUCGCGAAUUCUUGCUAAGGUAAAAAUGGCCAAAUCUUCUGAAAAGAAAGGCAAGAGUGCCAUCAACGAGGUGGUCACUCGUGAAUACACAGUCAACCUGCACAAGCGGCUCCAUGGUGUAGGAUUCAAGAAACGUGCUCCACGAGCGAUUAAAGAGAUCAGGAAAUUCGCAGAAAAGCAAAUGGGAACUCCCGAUGUUAGGAUAGACACACGUCUCAACAAACAGUUGUGGUCCAAAGGCAUCAGGAAUGUCCCCUUCAGGGUACGCGUAAGGCUGAGCAGGAGAAGAAACGACGACGAGGAUUCUGCGAACAAGCUGUACACCCUCGUCACAUACAUCCCUGUUGCAUCCUUCAAGGGUCUCCAGACUGAAAACGUGGAUGCUAGCCAGGAUUAAAUAUAUUAAUGUGUACACGUAUAUAAUAAAAACAUGUAUACAAAACACUA